GAGAAAUAGACAGUUCGUGGUGUUCACCGUCAGACGAAGGCAGAGAGACAAGUAGCAAGCUCUCCAUUUGCGAUCUCGUCAUGUGCAAAGUGCAAGAACACAGUUUAUUUUCAUUAAAUCCCAGGAUGGCUGGCUAUAGGAUUAAGCCGUCGAUGCAACUCGUUUCUGUUUUAAAAAAAUAAUUCCGAUAUUUUAUGCAUGUGUAAUUGUUUUACUAGUUAAUGAGAAACCCGAGGGGUAGCCCAACGGUGGAAGAUAAAAUGGAAAAUAUAUCCAACUCGACAAACAAAAACUCUGUGUGCAACCGUUCUAUGGACUUCUAUUCCUUCAACUCUGCCAACCGGACCGAUUUAAAUUGUACGCCCCCGGAUCAGUUCCUUCUCCAACCGGAUUUCUACGUUGUUCUGCCGGUCAUAUACUCUGUGAUAUGCGCUGUGGGUUUGACAGGCAACACAGCUGUCAUUUAUGUAAUCCUCAAGGCACCCAAAAUGAAAACAGUCACCAAUAUGUUUAUCUUGAACUUGGCGAUCGCUGAUGACUUAUUCACAUUAGUUCUGCCCAUCAACAUUGCCGAACACCUCUUACAUUACUGGCCCUUCGGUGAGGUGUUGUGCAAAAUAAUCCUGUCCAUUGACCACUACAACAUUUUCUCCAGCAUCUACUUCCUCACUGUAAUGAGCAUCGAUCGAUACCUUGUAGUCCUCUCGACGGUGCGGUCCAGAAGAAUGCCCUACCGUACGUACAGGGCAGCAAAAAUAGUUAGCCUAUGUGUCUGGGUGCUGGUGAUUCUUAUCGUCAUGCCAUUCACCGUUUUCGCUGGAGUUUAUAUUAGCCACGACGACAUGGAAAGAAAGAGUUGUGUGUUGAGUUUUCCCAGCCCGGAAAGUUUCUGGUUUAAGGCCAGUCGGAUUUAUACGCUUAUCCUCGGAUUCGCCAUCCCUGUAUCCACAAUCUGCAUUCUUUAUACCAUGAUGCUGUACAAACUGAGAAACAUGCGACUGAACUCCAACGCCAAAGCUCUAGAUAAAGCGAAGAAAAAGGUGACAGUUAUGGUGUUUAUUGUGCUGGCAGUGUGCCUCUUUUGUUGGACCCCUUUCCAUCUGAGUACCAUCGUCGCCCUCACCACGGACCUGAGGACGACACCUUUAUUGAUAGGAAUUUCCUACUUUAUUACCAGUCUAAGCUAUGCCAACUCGUGUCUGAACCCUUUCUUGUACGCCUUUCUGGAUGACAGUUUCCGGAAGGCUUUCAAGAAAAUGCUUGAAUGUAGACCUGCUUGAAUGUACAUAACGUGGGGAGGAAGCUUUGGUGUUAUAGGAAGUUUUCCAUUCACCACUUUCCACUUCAAAUGUUGUAUUAUCAUUUAAUGAUUUAUUAAUUUGAUUUAUCUACCGUGAAUUUACAAAUGGAUAUAUUUAAACAUAAAAGUUACAACUAAAUUAUUAUUAUUAUUAUUAUUAUUAUUAUUAUUAUUAUUAUUAUUAUUAUUAUUAUUAUUAUGUGGCCUUUUGUCUCCCCCUUGUGUUGCAUGAAGGAACACGUAGAGUUGGAGAGAAUUGUCCCUGGACAUUUAGCACAUUCCUUAAGUUUUAAGCUUUGAAAGGAAGUUAUUUUUGUAUAGAAUAGACUGGGUACUGUGCCCAAAGAGUAUAACAAAAUUCAGUGUUAUAUAUUUGCAAUUCUUUUAGCUUAGACUGAACUGCAUACUGUAUACUCUUGUACAUGUUUGUAUUUGUUAAUGAAAGUAGGUCAUCAUCGUUAUGCUUGUAUGCAUUGACUGCUUAAAAAAAAAAAUUAUUUUAAAAGAUGAAAAUGGAUUGUAGUUGUUCAUAUCAUAUAAUUGCAUUGCCAGUUUUACAGAUGAUUUAUGUUAUUUGAAAUUAAUUUGUACACAUUGUGCCAAGAAAAUAAAGAUCAUACAAGUAUGCUUCAAGUUCUUCACAACCAGCAAACAUGAACAUGCUAUUUCAAUAAAUGUAAAAUAAAAUCAA